AUGAACUUUAAAAACUCAAAAAAUUAUCUUGCAGUAACUGGCAAACCUAAAAAGCAUAAACAUCUGGUUAAAAAUAAGUGGCUCGAAAAAUACGAAAAAACUAACCGAAAAAAGAGUCGUCCACCCUUAGUUAACCCUUACGCUAUUAUCGCAGUAUUUUCGGUAUUAUUUUCGGCUUAUUAUAUUCUUAUCCCAAAAGAGAAAGAUAAACAUAAGAUGAACAUUUCUCGAGCCAAAGUUUCCAAAGAUGAAGUUACUGUUGUUUUUGUAUUGGGUGGACCGGGAUGCGGUAAAGGAACUCAAUGCGCAAAAUUAGUUCAAGAUUUCGGAUUUGUCCAUUUAUCUGAGGAACAACAACGUAAAGGUUCCGAAUUUGGAGAAUUAAUUCGAAAUUACAUUAAGGAAGGUAAAAUUGUACCCAUGGAAAUAACUAUUGCCUUACUAGAGAAGGCCAUGAUUGAGAAUGAUUCCAACCGAUUUUUAAUUGAUGGAUUUCCGAGAGCGUUGGAUCAAGCUCAACAAUUUGAAAAAGAAGUGGUGGAAUCCACGACUAUUCUCUUUUUCGAUUGUCCAGAAGAUGUGAUGCUUCAAAGACUUUUAAAACGUGGUGAAACUAGUGGUCGUAUUGAUGAUAACGUUGAAUCUAUUAAGAAAAGAUUCGAAACCUUUAAAAGUACAAGUUAUCCAGUUAUUGAACAUUAUAGAAAGGUGAAUAAAGUUCAUACGAUUCCUUGUGCUGAUGGUGUUGAUGAAGUUUAUUCAAAAGUUAAACCAAUUGUUGAAGGAUUGUUUAAACAAUAA